AUGAAAGAAAAAGUACCUGAUUGCGAACUAUCCGAGUGGUCAUCAUGGGGGCGAUGCCAUGGUACCUGCUUCUACGCCCUGGCCGUCCGAAAUCGUGAUGUAAUCCGUCCAGCCCUACCGGACCGACCACAAGGUCCUGUCAAGCGCUGUCCACAUCUGUAUGAAACUCGGUUCUGUGUUUUACCAUCAUGCCAGGAUGGUUCUACAACGGACGCUGCUGAUUUGCCAAAUCGCUCUGGCCAUCAAAAAUUACAUGUACGACGUAUAACUGAGAGGAAGCUACGAAAAGGACAAGUGGAAAGCGCUGUUGUUACGACAACGACGGAGCAAUCCCACACAGUUGCCCAUGUAUCUGGUGAUGUCGCAACCUUGCGAUCAAAAGAGAAACAGAAUGAAAGCGCUCAACAACGAAGAAAUUACUAUGGGCAACUGACACGUACGAUGGAAGCGAUUGAACGGCAACUGAAUGAAGAAGGCGAUUCCCCACACACCAGCGAGAACGAAGUUCGCCCUCUGAAAGCGAGGGUAGAAGAGGAGAAGUCGAAAGCGAACUCUUAUGUCAGUACGCUCACCAUCGACCUACCGAAACAUCUGAAACCGGCCAAGGAACGCGUACCCAUGAGCAACAGGCAACUUUGGAUAUCCACUGAGGACCACGCUGAGGAAUCGCCGGCGGAGGCGACAGCCGGGGAAGAAGCUCAAGAGUCGGACUCAACCUCUGACAACAAGAUUCCCUUAGAUGACAUGCGGAUUCGAAAAGUCCUACAGCGGAACAAGAAACUGAUGAGAGCACUUAUUGAGGCGUAUAGGUUAAGAUUCACGACGACAACUUCCCCGAGCUCCACCACUACGUCCACUACUACCAUGGCCCUAACAAAUGAGAUAUCUGCAGAGUUAACACCAUCUGAUGUUGACGCUGACAUUAAGGUGGGUAAAACGGUGACAUCAGAAAGUUCGACACCGAGCCAGAGCACAAAAAGGCUGUCCACGGAUGAGCCCACUGGUUCAAGUACAACGGAAGCUGAAGAGAUCGCUGACGAUGGUGAAACCACAGGUUACCUUCAAACAACUACAAAAUCGCGUAGCACUGAAGAACUCACUGAAACUUCGGAUCCAGUGGAAUCUGCUACACCAGAACUUCAAUCGACAUCUCUCACCGGACAUACUGUGGAGCCAGAUGCUACAACGGAAAGCAUCACAGCUCAGGAGACGUCCACUUCGGCUACGGAAUCAGCCACGGAUGUAGAGUGGCACACAGAGACGACGGAAACUUUUGUAGAGAAUGCAACAAAUCCGGAAACCACAGGCCAGGACCUUGAAGGAGUAGAGAAUACCAGAGAAAGACUGAAUCAGACAUCACUUCAGUUCACCUCCUAUGCCACGGAAGAAGAGCUCACGACGAAUACAUCAGAGUCUCUACCGAUAGAAAGCAGUCUAGAAAACCGACGAUGCUGUAAGGUUACUCGAACAGAAUGUGCCGAUGGUUCACAGCCGAAACCUAUCAAACGUUACUAUAGACCACGCGGAUCCGACGUCUGUAUACCGUACCACUAUCCGAGAUGCUCUCCCACCGAAGAAAUGGAUGAACAGCCGAUACAGUACGAGCAGAACUGUCAAGAUCUUUGCUUUACAGGACCCGAGAAACGUAUCGCCCCGCUAUUACAAUUGGCUAUCGAUAACUAA